CGAUUUCCUAUCAUAAUUGCAAGUAUCGAUACAAGAUGCAGAAGUUAUUCAACAAGGCUAAACGAAAGCAUCAAGAGAGCCCUGGCUCUGGUGAACGAAGCUCAAAGCACAAAAAACAUAAGAAUUCCCACGAGCGAGAGAAUCCCUUUGCCAAAUCUUAUGAAAAGACUAGUGUGGAUAUUCCCCUCAGGGCGAACAGCUUCGACCAAGGACGCAAAGGGCAGAAGAUCGCAAAUUUGAUCCGUGCCUUAAACGAGGCUUUGGACGAAGAUGGCAUGGACGAAACUUUGGAACUAAUUGGGGAAGAGAAUCUCAACAGAUGUAUAGAUUUGAGGACCAAUUUGAAGGAGACGAAACUAGAGACAGACGCAUCUGCCGUCAUAUCACCUCCAGCUUCGCAGCCUCAACGAAUGUCAAUGUCACAUGACUAUCAGAAUAUCCCGAAGACCUUGUCCGUCUUGAAUCUAACACCUUGGAAAUCGUCUACAAUACCUACAACAUUGCCUCCAGCACCUAAAAUUCUUGAUCCGACUCUUGAGCUGUCCGCGUUCACACACAUUGGUUGUAGUGCCGGCAAGCCAUCAGACCUCAGCUACGAGCGACUCGAAUGGAUAGGCGACGCUUAUAUCCAACUCACAGCAACUCUCCUCAUCGCUCAAACGUUUCCAUCGUCCAACCCGGGAGAUUGUUCUCGGUUCCGAGAAAAACUGGUCAAGAACGUUACACUGGCCAACUACUCGCAUCAAUACGGCUUUGACAAACGGGCUAUCUUACCAGAGCACAUGUCGGCAGGCCAUGAAAAAACAAAAAUAAUGGGCGACAUUUUCGAAGCUUAUGUGGCCGGUGUCAUAUUGUCAGAUCCAGAAAAUGGGGUGAUGCGGGCUACAGACUGGCUGAAAGAAAUAUGGGGCCGGACAAUCGCAAAGGACAUCAUCAAUGAAGAGAGAAAUGGCAUGAAGUUCGACAGCCCUUUAUGGCGACUUCGAGGAAAUGUGGAUCCAGUUCAGGAUAUCAAAUCGGCGGAGAGAGUAAUACUGAACCCCAAAGAAGUAUUGCAGAAAAUGCUUGGGUCGAAGGGCAUCAAGAUCACAUACCGAGAUGCAGCACCUGAGCGAAAGUCCAGAGAGACGAACCUCGCAGAGUUCACGGUAGGAGUGUACCUCGAUGGUUGGGGUGAGAAAGACAGAAUGCUAGGCAUUGGGAAGGGAAAGGGCAAGAAAGAAGCUGGAUUCAAGGCUGCGGAGCAGGCAAUGGAAAAUAAGAAGCUGAUGAAGGUAUACACUGACAGGAAGAAGAUCUUCGAUGCACAAAUGGAGUUGGAGAAGAAGGCUUUGGAAGAGCAGCAAGAAAGUACAUCAACCUCUGUCUGAGAUUGUUUUUUGUAGUUAGAUGAUACCCUCAAAAUUGUCCGAUUUGUUUGUAGGAUGAGCAAUAAAUUGUCACUGGUCUUAGGCCGAAUAUGUAAAGCAUAAAAUGGUGGUAUUCAGGCAAGCUAUAUAAGAAUUCCAAAAUCGAAUUCAG